AUGGCGGACCAGGCGUUGGUGUUCGCGGUGCGCCGGCGUGAUCCGGAGCUCGUCGGCCCCGCAGCGCCCACGCCCCGGGAAACUAAGCGCCUGUCCGACAUCGACAACCAGAAUGUUCUGCGCAUAUACGUGUCUCUGGCCUUCUUUUACCGUGGCCGAGAGGACGCCGUUGCGCCGGCUGAUCCGGCCGGCGUCGUCCGACGCGCCCUCGGCGAGGCGCUGGUGCACUACUACCCGCUGGCCGGGCGGCUGAGGGAGGUGGAGGGGAGGAAGCUGGUGGUCGACUGCACCGGCGAGGGGGUGCUGUUCGUGGAGGCCGAAGCCGACGUGCGGCUGGCGGAGCUUCAAGCGGCCGGGCUCAGGCCGCCGAUCCCGUGCAUGGACCAGCUGCUACUGGAAGUGGAGGGCUCCAGCGGCACGCUCGGCACACCUUUGAUGCUCAUCCAGGUCACCCGGCUGCUCUGCGGUGGAUUUGUGUUGGCGCUCCGCCACAGCCAUGCCAUGUGCGACGCUAUCGGCAUCGCCCAGUUCAUCAACGCUGUUGCCGAGCUCGCCCGCGGCCUUCCCGCGCCGACUGUCGCGCCCGCGUGGUCCCGCGAGCUCCUCGAGGUGCCUAGGGCGCCUGCGUCGUCCUUCCCGCGCAGCGAGUCGGCGGCGGCGGCACAGGCGCCGCAGCCGGUGGACGCUGACAUGGUUGUGCGGUCAUUCACCUUCGGCCCCUCAGAGGUUGCCGCGAUCAAGAAACGCCUCCCCCCUCUCCUCCGCGACACGGCUACGACCUUCGAGGCGCUCGCGGCGUUCCUCUGGCGUGCCCGCACCGCGGCGCUCGAGUUCCCGCCGGACGACGACGCGCCGGCACCGCUGGCAAUCCUCGCCAACUUCAGAGCAGCCGCCGAGCUGGGUCUACCAUCAGGUUACUACGGCAACGCCGCCGUGCCAACGCUGGCGCUGGCUGACGCUGCGGCGCUGCGGCGCGGCUCCCUGGAAGACGCGGUAGCGCUGGUGCGGCAUGCGAAGGUCGUGGUGACCGCCGACUACGUGCGCUCCAGGGUCGAGGAGCUGGCGCUGGGCGGCCGGCCGCCAUUGAACAAGUACCUCCUCUCCGACCUUCGCCGUGCCGGGUUCCACCGCGUGGAUUUCGGGUGGGGCAAGCCGGUCUUCGGCGGGCCGGUCUACCAUGUCUUUGGCAUCAGCUUCUUCAUCGCCUUUACAGAUCAAAAUGGGGAGGACGCGGUUGUGGUGCCGGUCGCGCUGCCGCGGCAAGCCAUGGAGCGCUUCGCGGUGGAGAUGGAGAGUCUCUUCGUAUCUAAGCUCUAG